GGUAGUUCCGGUAAAUGUCCGCUUGACGUCCGCUGCAGCCAGGAAAGAAACCGAGAAAGGGAUUAGCGAUACACCACGGGACAUCGUCGGUGAAAUCUCCGUUUAUAGUUUGAAGCCUACCAGAAUUCGGAACCGGCUCUGAACAGGGCACAAUCGUGACAUUUACGCUAUUGGAGGUCCAGGGAUGAACUGAGGAUGAAUGUGAACCAGCAGACUCCCAUGGCAUCUCCGUACGGCCAGCCUCAGCCUGGCUAUGGCCAGCCCAGCUACGCCCCCCUGGGAGGGGGCUACCCCGCACCCUACGCCCCCUACAACGGCCCUGCAUCAGCCUACCAGCAUGGAGCUCCACCCCAAGGUUACUCCCCUUAUGCAAGCUUCCCCUCUAAGGCUGUGGCUGCAAACCCAGUCUCUGACCUGUCCUCUCCUGUUGACCUAGGUCCUGCCAGGGCCCCACCUACCUCUGCCCCCCCAGCCGUGUCCUCCUCCCAGGGCUACUCCCAGUACAGUCAGGGGGACAUCCAGAAUGGCCCACCUCCUGUGGCCCAGCCCAUGCAAAGGCCUGCUGUUUCUCAGCCCUACACACCGGGGGCUAUGAACCUGUCUGGGCCACACCCCUCCUACCCCCAGCAGUAUGCAGUCCCGCCCAGCAUGCAGCAAGUCACCAAUCAGAUGACCGGGAUGCAGAUUGGGCCAGGGCCCCCCCCCACACCUGCUGGGCCUGGAUAUGCUCCGCCUCUCACCUCCCAGCCUCCAAUCAGUGCGGCCUAUUCAGUUGCAGCUCCUCCCUCCUACACCCAAGGCCCGCCCCCUGUGUCGGCAGACCCGCCCCAGCCCCCCCCUCACAGUGAGGCCGGCGGCCCCCAGCCUUACUACGGAGGCCCCCCUCCCCCCCAGCAGACCUUCCCCCCCUCCUUCUCCUCUGCCGGCCCCCCCAGCCAGGCCCCAGGACAGCAGCAGUCCUUCCCCUCUGGCCCCCCUCCCGUCCCCCAGUCCACCUACACUGGCCCACCCCCUCCGACUGCCCAGACCUCUUUCCCCCCACCCCCCUCCUCACAGGCCAGCUCCUUCCCUCCCACGGCACCCCCCAGCACAGCCCCCCCAGCCCAGUACCCGGGCCCCAUGCCGCCCCCGGGACCUCCAUCCCAGCCACCUUUCCAGUCUGGACCCCCUCCUCAAAGCCAGCUACCUCCCACCUCCAUGGCCCAGGCCAACCACCUGCCGCCCGGCCCCCCAGGGGCCAUGCAGCAGCCCCCGCCACAGUCUGGAAUGCAGGGAGGGUACCCGCCCCAACAGAACGGUGCGUUUGGCCAGGUGAGGGGCCCCCAGCCUGGAUAUGCAGGCCAGUACCCUGGACAGCCCAGCUACGGGGGCCCGGCCCCUGCUCCGGCUCCUGCUGCCCCCUCACAGAAGAGACUAGACCCUGACUCCAUCCCCAGCCCGCAAGCAUCUGACCUGCCGGCUGUGCAGAAAUCAAGACAUAGAAUAGACCCAGAUGCUAUCCCCAGCCCAAUCCAGGUGAUUGAGGACGACAAGGCCAAGACCAGCGAACCCUUCACCACAGGAGUCAGGGGUCAAGCCCCGCCCCUGGUCACCACCAACUUCCAGGUCAAAGAUCAAGGUAACGCCAGCCCUCGGUUCGUCCGCUGCACGGCCUACAACAUGCCCUGCACAGCAGAUAUGGCCAGGCAGUCCCAGGUGCCCAUGGCGGCUGUCAUCAAGCCCCUGGCCACCCUGCCCCCCGAUGAGACCCCUCCAUACAUCGUGGACCAUGGCGAGGGAGGCCCUAUCCGCUGUAACCGCUGCAAGGCCUACAUGUGUCCCUACAUGCAGUUCAUCGAGGGAGGACGCCGCUUCCAGUGUGGCUUCUGCAGCUGUGUCACAGAUGUGCCUCCUCAUUACUUUCAGCAUCUGGACCAUACAGGGAAGAGGGUGGACUGCUACGACCGGCCAGAGCUGUCCGCGGGCAGCUACGAGUUCCUGGCCACUGUGGACUACUGUAAAAACAACAAGCUCCCUCAGCCUCCAGCGUACAUCUUCCUGAUAGACGUGUCCUACAACGCCGUCAAGAGCGGCAUGGUCAACAUCGUCUGUCAGGAGCUCAAGACCCUGCUGGACUACCUUCCCAGGGAGAACCCUGAUACAGACUCGGUGGUGCGUGUGGGCUUCAUUACCUACAACAAGGUGCUGCACUUCUACAACGUCAAGUCCAGCCUGGCUCAGCCCCAGAUGCUGGUGGUGUCCGAUGUGUCCGACAUGUUCCUGCCUCUGCUGGACGGCUUCCUGGUCAACGUCAGCGAGAGCAGGGUGGUCAUUGAGAGUUUGCUGGAGCAGAUCCCAGAGAUGUUUGCAGACACAAGGGAGACAGAGACGGUGUUUGGACCUGUCAUCCAGGCUGGGCUGGAGGCCCUGAAGGCUGCAGACUGUGCUGGGAAGCUGUUUGUGUUCCACACCUCCCUGCCCAUCGCCGAGGCCCCUGGGAAGCUGAAGAACCGGGAGGACAAGAAGCUGGUGGGCACCGACAAGGAGAAGUCUCUGUUCCAGCCCCAGGUGGGCUUCUACGGCAGCCUGGCUAAGGAGUGCGUGGCCCAGGGAUGUUGUGUGGACCUCUUCCUCUUCCCCAACCAGUAUGUGGACGUGGCCACGCUGGGGGUGGUCCCCGUCUCCACAGGGGGCUCCAUAUACAAAUACACCUAUUUCCAGGCUCAGGCAGACUGCGAGCGGUUCCUGAACGACCUGAGGAGAGAUGUACAGAAGCCUAUGGGUUUUGAUGCUGUAAUGAGGGUUCGCACCAGCACAGGCAUCAGAGCGACAGACUUCUUCGGUUCGUUCUACAUGAGCAACACGACCGACGUGGAGCUGGCCGGCCUGGACUGUGACAAGACCGUCACCGUGGAGUUCCGCCACGACGAUAAGCUCAGCGAGGAGACGGGCGCCCUCAUGCAGUGUGCGGUGCUGUACACCAGCUGCAGCGGUCAGCGUCGCCUGCGUGUCCACAACAUGGCGGUGAACUGCUGCUUCCAGCUCGCUGACCUGUACCGCAACUGUGAGACGGACACCAUCAUCAACUACUUCUCCAAAUACGCGUACCGCAGCGUGUUGACCACUCCCACUAAGACGGUGAGAGACACCCUGGUGAACCAGUGUGCCCAGAUCCUGUCCUGCUACCGCAAGAACUGUGCCAGCCCCUCUUCUGCAGGACAGCUGAUCCUUCCAGAGUGUAUGAAGCUGCUGCCCGUGUAUCUGAACUGCGUGCUGAAGAGCGACAUGCUGCUGCCGGGCGGCGACGUGUCCCUGGACGACCGCGCCUACCUGCGCCAGCUGCUCAGCUGCAUGGACGUGGCCGAGAGCCACCUGUUCUUCUACCCCCGCCUGCUGCCCCUGGUGAAGCUGGAAGGGGACUCGUUGCCUGUGGCGGUGAGGAACUCGGAGGAGCGUCUCUCGAAGGGUGGCGUCUACCUCCUGGAGACAGGGCUCCACCUCUUCCUGUGGGUAGGAGCCAAUGCCCAGCAAGAGCUGCUGCUCAACAUCUUUGGCACGCCCACCUUCAGCCAGAUAGACCCCAACAUGACGAGCCUGCCCAUCCUGGACAACCCCUUCUCUCAGAGGCUUACAGAGAUUGUUGAAUCCUUUAGAGCUCAGAGAUCCAGAUAUAUGAAGUUGAUGGUGGUGAAGCAGGAGGACAAGGCAGAGCUGAUCUUCAAACACUUCCUGGUUGAGGACAAGAGUGGAAGCGGCGGCGCUUCAUACGUGGACUUCCUGUGUCACAUGCACAAGGAAAUCCGCCAGCUGCUCAGCUAGGACUUCACCCCUGAACCCCCCCCCGAUCUUCACCCCCCCUCCCGAACCCCCGUCACCUUUCACUCCCCCCCCCCCUGAAGCGCUUUAUCUUUUAUUUACCUAAUAAACUAAACCCCCCUCUCCCUCAGCCAAGGGCCAGAGACAUAACACAGCCGACUGACUGGCAGGGUCCGUGUGUGUGUGUGUGUGUGUGUCAGAGAGGUAUUGGGUCGAAAGCCUGGACUCUUCUCCAGGUGUAGCUCUAAGCACAGCUUGGGCUCACCUUAUGGCUAUUGGGAGGACCUAGUGUAAGUGAUGUGUGUUUGUGAGUGAGUGAGUGAGUGAGGGAGUGAGGGAGUGAGGGAGUGAGGGAGUGAGGGAGUGAGGGAGUGAGUGAGGGAGAGGGCUGAUGUUGACUGUAGUAGGUGUGCUGUCUGUAACACUAGCACUGAAGGCUGUUGUGUGCAAGCAACCCAGUGAUAGAGACUCAGACUCUUUUUGUAUGAUUCAAACCCAGUAGACUCGAGGAAGAUUAAAACAAGACAAAUACAAAAUGAAAUAAUAAAUGCUGUUUUUUUUUUGUUUUUUUUCAUCUCUAAACUUCUGUUUCUAUUUGUCUCCUUCUCCCUUUCUCAGUCAUGGCCUUACUGUCUGGUUCCUGUUUCACUUCCCAUCUCGUGUCUGUGUGUGUUCUGUUCUGUUUCCUCAUAUGUGAUGGUCUGUGGCAGCAUGGUCUCAUUCUCAGACCUAGGUUGGACCCAUUUCUUAAAGAGAUAUUUGGAUAUUCUUCAAAGAAAUGAGCUUAGCUGGUCUCGAUGUGCGUCUGAGGCUGACCUGGUAGACGGGUGUGUUUGAGGAGCUGUUGACUCGGGGCAUGUCGAUGAAACGGAAAUAUCAGAGAAACUCCCAACUGAUGUCUAUGCAACCUUUUACACACACACACACACCCCCACGCAUCCAGAAAUCAGACUGAACUCUAACCUCUGACAUCACAGGGUUAGGGUCUUUACUCAGGGUUAUGUGAAUGUCAGCUGCACUUUGGUGGGAACACACACACACUCACACGUUUGUGUGUGGUGAUGGAAGCUUCUUCAACUGAGGCUUCAAACACAGAGAGCGUCAGGAGAGAAGAGCGACAGGAGAGAGAUGAUCCAAGAGGAGUCUCAGUACUGAUAAUGAAGCAUUUCUCUGGGUUUCCCCCUUGUUGCUUACUGUGUCGGCCCUAGAACACAUAACCUGUACAUAAAUAAACGUUUUAAAGUCCUUCCUGAACAACUGUGGUUUGGCUAAGGUAUCCAUAGUUUAUAUGUACAUGCACUCACAAACAAACACAGUCCAAGUGUUGACUUUUAGACUUCUCUUUGUGUUUGGCUGCAGAUCUGAGGAACUGUGUGUGUGUGUGUGUGUUUCAAGGGUCCUGGUGAAUUUCUUUUAAGGAACAGAAGGAUCAGUCAACAUACACACAGAAUAAUAUUCCUUUCAAUAUAUUCUUUUUUUCUAUUUCUUCCAUUCAUUUAUAAUUUCCCUCUGAAUUGUCUGUGUUAUUGCAUAUUGUGUGUCCAUCUUACCGCCUGUGUGUGAUUGGCUCACUGUCUUGACUGUUUCCGUUUUGACGUUUUCAUCUUUUUCUUUGUUUUGGGUUUGUCGUUGCCUCCUGGACUGCUAAUAAAAAUGAAUGUUGAAACGCCA